AUGAAUUCCCUUACAUUUCUCGAGGUAUAUCUUGGUCUUCGCGUUUGUACUAUGGCACGUGGAAAGGUGGUUGGAGACUCGGAGAAUAUUCCAGCGGAGUGUAUGCCGUCGCCGGGAAAGGUGCUGUUGUUAGUAUUGUGGAGGGAUACAGAACCUGAGGCGACCUGUCCAACGCCAAGUCAAGUGCAUUCCCUGGAGGUGAAGCUUAAGCGCUCACCAGGAUGGUGGGUGGAAGUCCCGAACCAAUCACUUCAUCGCGUCAACGGCCAUCGAGCCAAAUGCCUUUUCGUAAGGGUUCCUUCUACCCCUGGCCUGUUCCUGAACCAAGAUGCGCCACCGGGACCACUUUUACGUUCCUCGAGGCUCGUCGACGCGCUCGGGCUGUUCUCGGUGCACCGACGUGCUGUUCAGACAGGUUCAACCCUCGAGGAGACGGUUGCAGUUAGCAACAUAAUAUAA